AUGGCGAACCCUGACCCUGCAGAACAAAACACCUUGAUUGCACAGUUUACUGCGAUCGCGCAUCAGUUUCUUGCUGCGAACGACUGGGAAUUGGAGGCUGCCGUGUCGAACUACUACGCCGCUCAAGAAGAUCACACCGAGGACAAUCCCGAUGAUUCAGACUACGCUGAUGAAGAGGAUCCAAGUUCCUCGCGUCAAGCCCAAUCUCAAUCCCCUCAUCCCACCUAUGGCGCAGGCCGGAGACUAGGAGAGGGGCCCUCAGAUUCCCAGCCCACGCCUGCCGCUUCCGCCGCUUCAGGCUCUUCUCAGCCCAAAAACAACCAAUCUUCCCAAAAGAAGUUUGCCACUUUGGGUGACUUCGCUUCAGGCGGUGCCAACGGUGACGAUUCGGACGAUGACGAUAAACAAGAUCUAUUUGCUGGGGGCGAAAAGUCAGGUUUGGCUGUGCAGAAUCCCGACGACUUGAGGAAGAGAAUCUUGGAAAAGGCUCAGAAACGUGCUCCUCCACCAAAAGAGGCUGCUCCCAAAAAAACAUUUUUUACUGGCUCGGCGCGCACUCUCGGAGGUGAUGAGACACCCUCACGUGAGAUCCCCGCUGCGCAGCAACCCCGUGCGAGAGCCGAGAGAGUGGAACGAGUGCUGCAUUUCUGGCAGGACGGUUUCAGUAUCGACGAUGGGGAUUUGUACAGAUUUGACGAUUCGAGGAACGCUGAGAUCCUGAACUCCAUUCGGCAAGGACGUGCGCCACUGAACAUCAUGAAUGUCCAACCGGGCCAGGAAGUGGAUGUGGAAAUCAAGCAGCAUGAAGAAAAAUACGUCAAGCCGAAAAAGAAGUACAGACCAUUCGAAGGCUCCGGCCAACGUCUCGGAAGCCCCACGCCUGGGGUGCCUUCGAUGCCUGGAAGCUUCACCUCAGAGACCGCCACGGCACCAGCGCCCGCACCAGCCUCUGCAGCUCCUCCGACGCCGCAGGUGGAUGAGUCGAGGCCAACCGUCGUAUUGAAGAUCAGUCUAGGCUCAGGUACGAAACUGAUCACGCGCUUCAACACGACUCAGACGAUGGGAGACGUGUAUGACUUCGUUCGACGAGCCGAACGCGGCCCUAGGGACUUUGUUCUGCAAACCAUCUUCCCCAGCAAAGAUCUCAAAGACGAGUCACAAGUGCUCGGGGACAUUCCAGACUUUAAGAGAGGAGGUGCUCUUGUUCAGCGAUACAUCUAA